AUGUCCCUCACCCUCAAGGUCACGUCGCUCUUCGUCAGGACGCUGGCAAAGCCUGUAGCCAAUGCCAUCAAACGCAAUGCCCACGAGCACGAACGCUUCCGCCGAAUAUGCGUCACGUUUGCCCAAAGACUGCAUCGUGUUGACAUGCGCAUGCGCCUCGGACUCCUGCAAGACCCCGCGGUGAUAGAUCGGCAGAUCAAAAAGGAAGUUGCCUUGGCAGAGGCCAAGCGGAAAGAAGCGGCAGCGCCCACCGUCUUGACCGAAGAAGAGACCAAAGCGCAAGAGGCCCUCACCGAAAAGGAGCGCGAGGCCAUUAAGAAAAAGGCGGGGGAAAAGGUGCGGCCACGCAUCCGACCUCUGUCCGAGCAAAAGGCCAUUGAAAUGGGCGCAAACUUUGUCGCCGAAACCUUCAUCUUCGCUGUCGGCAUCGGUGUGAUCCUUGUUGAGCAGUGGAGGCAAAGAAGAAAAGCGAAGAACGCCAGGGAUGAUAUCCGGGAAGACCUAGAAGCAGUGCAGGCCGAACUCAAGGCCGUCAGGGCAGAGCUUGAGGAGUUCAAAGCAAAGCAUCCCGAGCCCGUCUCGUCCAAGUUGCUGGGCUUUUGGAAGGGUAAAACUGAAGAGAAGAAGAACGGGUCUGCGCAAAAUGCCAAGCCCGAGUCAACAGUAGAUCCAGCAGUCCAACCCGCGAGCCCGGAACAGCAACCAGUAGAAAAAGCUUCACUUGCAAAGGACCUAGGAGCGCACCCCCGAGAGGCCUGA